UUCAGCUGGAAGCUUGUUUGUUCUCUCCCAGAGAAGGCUGUUGCUGGUGGUAUCCGGCCAAUGGAUGUUGAGUAUCUUGCGUAGACGACCAUUUAUAAGUACUUGUAUCUUCUUGAUGGUGGUUGUUGUAGUUCUCUAAGUUUCAGCUCCAUACAGUAGAACUGCCUUGACGUUCGUAUUGAAGAUUGUGACUUUGAUAUUGGUUGAAAGUUGUUUUGAGUUCCAUAUGUUCUUCAAUUGUAAGAAUGCGGCCCUUGCUUUGCCAAUCCUCGCUUUUACGUCUGCAUCUAAACCUCCUUGUUCAUCGAUGAUGCUUCCCAGCCAUAAAGAGUGAUUGGAUUGCUGUUCUACGUGUUUUAUUCGAGGACCUUGUUGAGGUGUCCUUCUUUCCAGUCCAUCGGCACUUGUUCCUCCUACCAAAUCUUUUUGAAUAAAAGUGCUUCAGCUGGUAUGUUGUCGGGUCCUGCUGAACAAGUACGGAGCUAACGCGGAAAUUGCUUACAAAGAGGCCGUGUGUGAUCAGCUUCAAGCAGUUGUCCCUUGGGAACUGCGGUCACGCUCUCAGGUCGCUAGGACCACGUCUAACCCAAUUCCCUUUACAGGUAGCACUAGACGAACCCUUUCACGGUGUGGGGAACCGGGAAGUAUAACUCCUCUAUUAAACUUUGUUCAGAUGUCAACGGUUGAACUAAAAUUAUCCAAGUUAGAUCAACGACUGAAGUUGGCUGUCAGCGAACGACGUUUCUAUGAGGCUCAUCAACUAUACAAGACCAUACAUUUCCGUUGUAUUAUGCGGAAAAAUUAUCAGGAAGCAUUAAAAUAUUUGAAACUAGGUUCUGAGUUUUUACUUGAUAAUGAACAAUGGGAAAGUGGUACUGAGUUAGCUUGCCUUGUACUUGAAGUGUAUAGCCAGAGUGAAACAGUUUUGACUGAAUCUCAUCUAGAUGAAAUUUGUGAACUUUUGAUACGAAUGUGUCCUGGUGAAGAAAGGACACGUUUUGUCCACAAGACACUUCAACUUCUACAGAAGCAAAAAGAUCUUCUGGCUGUGUUCAAUGGAUAUCUCGCUCGUGUAUUGUGGCAAGAAGGAUCUUUCAGUGAAGCAAGGUUGCGUAUCAUGUUAUCUUCUAAUGGCUAUGCGGCUGGUGUCUUCCUUGUUGCUUUGCAUCAGCGAUACGGGCUUCGAUCAGAAAUCGAUUUAUUUAUUGCACAAGCUGUCCUUCAGUUUUUAUGUAUGAAGCAAAUCUCAGUUGCCAUAUUAACGUUUUACACAUAUACACGACGUCACCCUCGUUUAGAGCCUGGGCCACCGUUUGCAGAUUUUCCUUUAUUAAAUUUCCUAUGGUUUCUGAUGUUAGCCAUUGAAAAGAAGUGCAGUCUAGCUGUAUUUUCAGUACUAUGUGAAAAAUACAGUCCCCAACUGAACAGAGACUCUUCUUAUUUAAAAUACUUGGAUAAAAUCGGCCAAUUAUACUUUGGUGUUAAACCUCCCGCAAAUGAAAUGAAUAACUUUUUUUCACGGAUAAUGCAAAUGUUUAAUGAUGGAGACAAAAUGGAGGAUUCUGUGUCAAGUGAUGACUUAGGUCGUUGUGCGCUGAAUGGGAGUACCGAUGUAAAUUCACCAGAGGAAAUGUGUUUUGAAGAUGUGGAUUAAUGAUUUCGCAUAUAUCUCCACCAACUAUACAGUGCCUUUCGAUUUAGAGCUGGUAGUAUGCACAUACUCAUCUUUAUAGGCGGACUACAAAUACCUACCCACGUAACCGACAUUUGAAUUCUGAGCGUUUUUGGACAAUAAUUUUGUCUUGCAGUUAUGCUUUGUGGAUCUGUUUUCCUCAUGCAUCUUCUAACAAAUAUUUAUUCAUUGGAUGAUUUUACUGUCGGUUUCUUUCUUUUUUUCCUGCUAUAAACUUCUUGAGAAUGCACAAAAUUGUUAAUAUUGAAAUAAAUUAAAUUGUGUACAGAUUCUGUUCUAAAUUUUUCAGUUUUGGUUGUUCAUGCUGUGUAGCGUCUUUUUGAUUAUAUCACGGAUUGUCUUGUUAAUUUGACACGUUUUUUUGACAGCCUUGGUUCAAAAGGGAUAUCUUGAACUGAUACACUUGUUUGAGAUUCUUUGCUGUGGCUCUCUGUUACGGUUAGAAUUGUAGUUAUAACCUUGAAAGCUCUUAAUUCUUUACCAGAUAAAUGUAAAAUUAUUUGUGAUACUAAUAAAUAACUGAUAAACGAAGAUAAAUAG